CAAAACAAAUAUUGGGAUUGUCAAUAUUCAAAAAGUUUAAAGAACGAACGAACAUACAUACAUAACAAUGUCCGAUUCAGAAGAUGAUUAUAUGUCUGUGAAGUUUUUAGUAGACAGCAACGAUGACGUACGUCCAAGCCUUCUAUACAAUAGAGAAAAACGCAAAAUGGAUUUAUUUAAGAAAAAAAUCGACUCUUCUAAUAAACGACAAAAAUCCACGCACGAAAUUGAAAAAGAAAAAAGAGCUAUAGGACUAAACACAGCGAUAUCGAACGAGAACAUAGGCUUUAAAUUAUUAGAAAAAAUGGGGUACAAACAAGGCGAGAGCCUCGGUAAAAAUAGAAGCGGCAUUAAGGAGCCCAUCGAUAUAGUUAUUAAACAAGGUACCUCCGGUGUUGGUCGUGAAUCUCACAUAAAAGAAGUCGUUAGUAAGAAACAACAACAGAAGAUCAGAAACAUUAAGCAAUAUGAGACACAAUUCAAAUUAGCUAACAAGGAAAGGCAAAAUCUAUCCCAAAUUAGGAGAGACUUUUUCAAAGCUCAAAAAAUAUGCGAGGAAUUAGAUUUUAGAAAUAAAGUCAAUGAUCCAGUACAAGAUUUCUUUUGGACCAAAGAAACGAUAAAAAAACGUAGGAAAAUCGAACGAAAAGAAGAUUUUGAUGAUACAGAUAGUAGUAGUGAUGAUGAAGAGUUCGAUUCCUAUAUAUCGGAGGAAAAUUUGUUUCUUUUAAUAGACUACUUGAGGACAACACAUUUGUACUGCAUCUAUUGUGUCAUUACAGGUAUUGAUAUUAGGGAUCUUGAAGAGAACUGUCCGGGGCCCUAUAGAUUAGACCACGAUGAUGAAUAACAUUUACUUUACAUUGUAUGUUGGUUAACUUUGAUUUGUUCCAUUCUAACAUUACUUUCAAAAUAAAAAUAUCCUACACAGGUUUAAAUUACAUCCAACCAUUGUACUAUAAUAAGAGGCUAUUGAACUGUAUAUAAAUAACCUAUUAAUUCCUACAAGUAGAAAUAUGUAUAUUUAUGUAGAAAACGAAAUAAAACAUAAC